AUGGCAAGGGUCAAUACAGCCAAUCCUCUAGUCACAAACACGCCAUACAAUGAGACUGUCCCACGCACAGGGAAAUCUCACAACAGUUCACCACCUGGAGAGCCAUGUUUCAAUUUUGGGAACAAAGUCAAACACAAUAUGCCCACCAAGCCGCAAAAAUCGCAACGGCAAGCAAAGAGUUCAAGUGGAUCAUUCGAUAUAUUCCCCGACAGCGACUCAGCAUCGGAAAGUGAAUCUGGACAGCACAAGUCUACCGAAAAGCAGCAAAAACACAGAACACUAGGGCUCGCACGUGUGAACUCGUUACUCCUACCAGCAAAGCGGAGACCACGCCCCGCCAUCCGAAGAGAGACUGAAGAUUACGAUAAAGAGAACGAUGUGGCAGGAUACACCACAGAUGGACAUCGCACUCCAGAUUUAACGCCAACAAGGCCGAUUGCCUCACAGGCUCCCACAAGAAGCAGAGUGGAUUAUUUCACCGCGACACAGCCAGUGAUUGACCGCCAAGAGGAACAAGAGGAGCCAGAAUUCAGCUUUGAAGAAGAAGAUAGCUCUGACUCACUAGACGGGUUCAUUGUCAGUGACAAUGAAGAGCUUAGCUCCUUUGAGACAUCGGAUUCCGAGACAGCCGACAUAGAAGCCGAACCUAGCCCGGUUCCAUCGCCUGUGAGGUCGCCAAGAAAAAGACUCUUGCGUGGAAGACGACCUAUAUCAGAAGCAGAAUCCAACACCACUGCAGAUGAGGAGCCAUCAAUGGAAACGACCAAGUUGGUGAAAGAGACGGACCGAUCAACUGAGAAAUCAAAGACAGUCAUCUCAACGCCUGAAUACUGCACACCGAAUCCUGCAACUAGUUCCAAAUCUUCAUCCCCUAUCCGUAGGGCAGGAAUACCUAAGCAGGUUGGUUCAUGCUCUCCGCCUCAUUUCGGCCUGCACAACUCCAGCGACCUCAUCAAACACCUCGAGGAUCUUGACCUGGACAGUGACAAUGAGUCUACAACACAGACACAGCCAGAACAGUGCAACUCAGAGUCAGAGGAUGAACUACCAUCGAAGCCCUACAUAAGCCAUACAAAGCUACUACCUGUGACACCGUCACGAGCGAAGCCUCACCUUUCUCUCACUCGCUCUAUCAUAUCAAUUGACAGGUCGCCUGGCAUGGGUACUCCCACCACCAUCAAGGCCCAGAAAAAGGCCGAGGCAGCGCGGAAACGCGAGAUCCGAGCCCAAGUAGCCGAAUUCAACCAAAAGAAGAUCGGCUUUGCCGAAGAGUUCCUCCGGCACCUUGACAGUGCCUUCAAUGACCAGAUUACUCGCAUGACCGAGCAAACCGGCGGCAUCAAAAUCAUCUGGACAAAGAAUUUCCGAAACACCGCCGGCCGGGCAACCGUCCGUUCAGAAAGAUUCCUGAAAGGAGCAUCCGGCGUGGAAGACCCCGAGAAACGGCGUUACUAUGCCACCAUUGAGCUCUCCGAGAAAGUCCUGGACAGCGAGGACAAGAUCCUCUGCACCAUGACACACGAAUACUGCCACCUCCUCGAUAUCAUGGUCACUGAAAACCGGGCCAAGGGCACGGCGCAGCACGGCGCCAGCUUCAAACAGUGGGGCGCCCGAUGCGCCCGCGCACUGGAAGGCCACCCUAUCUACGGGGGCCGGGUUGAGGUCACGACCAAACACACCUACGAGAUCAACCACAAAUACAUAUGGGCUUGUAAGGUCCAGGGCUGUGGGUUCACGGUCGGGCGACACUCGAAGAGUGUUGACCCCAAGCGUCACUUCUGCGGCCGUUGCCGGGGCGGUCUUGAGCAGAUCAAGCCGGUACCGAGGGCUGUGGCGCCGAAGAGGCCUGUUGUCAAGGCGCCGGUCGAGGAGAAGGAUAUUGUGGUUAUUGAUCCUUGA